AGUGUAAUAUUUGAACGUUUCAAUCUAAUCAGCGAUCAGUGGAGGACAAAGAGAAAACUUUACAGAAGGAUUUUUGAGACAUUUCUUUCUAAACGGACAGCAGAUCUUUGUGAUUCUCAUGGAUAUUCAUUUUUGAAAGCAUCAUUCAGAAAGUGAAAGUAAAGUUUAGAUUGCUGGAGCUCAAACAGUGAAAAUGGCUUCAGCAGCUGAAGAUGAUUAUACUUGUCCUGUAUGUCAUGAAAUCUUCAAGGCUCCUGUUCUUCUGUCAUGUAGUCACAGUAUCUGCAAAGAGUGUCUUCAACAGUUCUGGAGAACCAAGAAAACUCAGAAGUGUCCUGUCUGCAGGAGAAGAUCCUCAAGAGAUGAACCUCCAGUUAAUCUGGCAUUAAAGAACUUGUGUGAGUCGUUCCUGAAGGAGAGAAAUGAGAGGAGUUCAUCAGGAUCUGAGGAGAUCUGCAGUUUACACAGUGAGAAACUCAAACUCUUCUGUCUGGAGGACAAACAGCCUGUGUGUUUAGUGUGCUUUACUUCACAAAAACACGACAAUCAUAAAUUCAGACCCAUCAGUGAAGUUGUUGAAUCAUAUAAGGAGGAGCUCAAUACAGCACUGAAGUCCUUACAGGAGAAACUUCAACACAAUGAAGAAAUGAAAGGGGAGUUUGAGAAAACAGUUCAACACAUCAAGUCUCAAGCUGAGCACACAGAGCGUCAGAUUAAACAGCAGUUUGAGAAGCUUCAUCAGUUUCUCAGAGAUGAAGAAGAAGCUACAAUCACUGCACUGAGGGAGGAAGAGGAGCAGAAGGAGCAGAUGAUGAAGGAGAAGCUGGAGGAGAUGAACAGACACAUCUCAGCUCUUUCACACACAAUCAAAGACAUGGAGGAGAUGAUGAAAGCCAAUGACGUCUGCUUUCUGAAGGAGUUUCCAGUCUCAAUGGAAAGAGUCCAGAGCUCACAGCCGGAUCCACAGAUGGCUUCUGGAGCUUUGAUUCAUGUGCCACGUUACUUGGGCAACCUGCCGUUCAGAGUCUGGAAGAAGAUGCAGGACAUCAUCCAAAACACUCCUGUGAUUCUUGAUCCAAAUACUGCGAAUCUACGUCUCGUCCUGUCUGAUGAUCUGACCAGUGUGAGAUACAGCAGGAACAAACGACCUCUUCCUGAUAAUCCAGAGAGAUUUGACCGUUAUCCCUGUGUUCUGGGUUCAGAGGGGUUUAACUCAGGAACACACUGCUGGGAUGUGGAGGUUAAAGAGAGUUCAGAGUGGAUUCUUGGAGUAACUACAGCAUCAAACCAGAGGAAGGGGUGGGAUUUCUUCAACACUGAUGUUUGGAGUGUGGAUUAUGAUGUGGAAGGACUGGAUGAACCAUGUGGUUUUCGUGUUGAACAGAAUCUUGAUCAUGUGAGAGUGAAUCUGGACUAUGACGGAGGAACGGUGUCAUUCUCUGAUCCUGUAACUAACACACAUCUACACACAUUCACAACCACCUUCACUCACACACUCUUUCCAUUCUUCAGUUGCUCUCACUCUCUGAGGAUCUUAGCGGUUAAUUGUCAGUAAACGUUACUCCUGUAAGUCUGGAUCUUCCUGCUUUCAUCAUGUUUCUGAUAUUGCUGUCAAUCUGAAUGUCAGUACGGUGGCCGUGAUGAUCACAUGACUGAUAUCCAGCACUACAGCAACACUGUAGUAGCGCUCCCUACCCUGACAAUAGCAAGGAAAGAGUUAAGUAGAUUUGAUGCAAAUUCAUAUGCGCACUACCAGUAAACUACACAAAAAUUCACAAUCUCAAGCGGUUGAGGAGAAGAUCAUUUUUGAACAGCUGACAUUCUGUAUUUACCGCUUCAAAUGUUCUUUAGGGUCUUUUUGACCCCAAA